CAGAACUGCUUUCAAGUGGUUACGAGCUGUCACAGUAUCGUAAUUAACAACAACGAUUUUUUGGUGCGCCAUUGCUUCCGUCAGAGGUGACGCGGUCAAGAAAUGAAGCAGCCAUUUUGUAUCUAUCACAAAGAUAAACCAAGAAGGAUUCCCUGCUUUUAAAGACCUUAAAAGCCAACCUGAUUUUAUCCAAGAACUCGCAUAGAAUGCCUCAGUAUCCAGAGUCAAAUUAUACGUAGCCAUGGCUGACAGGAGAAAGUUGCAAGGUGAAAUCGAUCGUUGUCUGAAGAAAGUGACAGAAGGUGUUGAGGCUUUUGAAGAUAUCUGGCAGAAGGUAAAUGUCAAUACUGCUGCAAACACCAAUCAAAAAGAAAAAUAUGAGGCAGAUCUCAAGAAAGAAAUCAAGAAAUUGCAGAGGUUGCGAGAUCAAAUCAAGACAUGGCAAGCUUCAAGUGAUAUCAAAGAUAAGAAAAUCUUGUUGGAGAAUAGGAAACUUAUCGAAACACAAAUGGAAAGGUUCAAAGUGGUGGAGCGAGAAACAAAAACUAAGGCAUACUCAAAAGAAGGUCUUGGUGCUGCAACAAAGCUUGACCCGGCCGCCAAGGAGAAGGGCGAAGUUGCUAACUGGUUAUCGCACACAAUUGAAAACCUCAAUAUUCAGUUGGACUCUUUCGAAAGUGAAGUUGAGCAGCUGUCUGUGACGACAAAGAAAAAGAAGAUGGACAAAGAUAAACAAGACAGGUUUGAUGAGUUGAAACGAUAUCAAGAGAGGCACAAUUUCCACAUAAAACAGUUGGAAACAAUCAUGCGAAUGUUGGACAAUGAUGCAAUAUCUUUAGAUCAGAUUAAAAAGAUUAGAGAUGACGUGGAGUAUUAUGUGGAUUCUAAUCAGGAACCUGACUUUGCAGAAAACGACUUUUUGUAUGAUGACUUAGAUCUGGAUGAAUUAGGAAAUGUAGUGCCCUUAGCGACAUCUCCUGGUGAUGGAGAUGACUUUUUAACAGACAAAGCCCCAAGUACCCCUACAUCAACUAAUUCAAGUUCACCCUCACCUAGUCCUGGCCUCCCUCAAAAUCAUUCCAAGGUAAAGGUUAAUCUGCCCAUAGUAACAACGCCAACAAAGGUUUUUUCUACCCCAACAAAACAGCUGUCCAGUAAUUCAACAUCCCAAAAUUCAGUUACGGUCAAUAGUAACCACUCUCCAACAUCGCCUCCCCCAAUCACAGGGAAUGCAGCAGCAGCGAGUGGCCAACCCAACAACAACCCAGGUUCUCUACCACCUCGGCUUUCCAACCCUAACCCAUCUGUGUGGCAGCGCUCUGUUGUCAAUCCCAGGCAGCCAUUAGUGUCUGACUCUAAUCGACUGCAGGAAGUGAAAACGCCGCCAAAUUCCAUGGAGGCAGUGGGAGCCAGUAGUGCUGUAACAAACAAUAGUGCCGCCUCAACGGGAAACAAUUCUGUGAACUCAAUAAACUCUACAGCAAACUCACUACCAUCGUUAUCACACGUCUCCCUGCCAUUGGGGAUGGGUGCCUCCACUGCUUUAACAUCCGUCACUACGUCUUUAAACUCGUCACAAAGUAAUGUCAGUGCCCCAACACCACCAGUUAUGAAUGGGCCGGUCAGCAGUGUUGGCCCAAAGAUUUCAGACUUCUCUCGAGGAUCUCCUUUGCCAUCAGCUGACUCAUUGUCCAGUCUAAAGUCUAUAGCAGAGCAAGCAGUGAUGAGUGCAGGCUUACAAAGCCAGUUACAAACACCUCAUGUAUCAUCAGCAGAUACAACAAAAGGUCUUUUUAACAGCUCAACCCUCACACAAGCUCCAGGUCAGCCCACCGCGCCCUCACCCGAUCUUAGCCAGACGACGCUUCACCAACAGCAACCUCAGACAACAACAAUACACUUAAACCCUUUGCUAGGGGUCGCCCCUUUAGGCCAAGUUCCACUGAACAAAGAGCACGGAUACCAGAUCCACAUGUUGGAAGGGGCCUUUCAUCAUUUACCACAUCCUUCGGAUUCAGAAAGACUUCGACAUUAUCUGCCUCGGAACCCUUGUCCUACUCCAUCUUACUAUCCCCAAGUACCGCCGCCUCAUGCUGACUCUUCUGACUUCUUUCAAAGGUUGUCACCAGAAACAUUAUUCUUCAUAUUUUAUUACAUGGAGGGCACAAAAGCUCAAUAUUUAGCUGCCAAAGCCUUGAAAAAGCAGUCAUGGAGGUUUCAUACAAAGUAUAUGAUGUGGUUCCAGCGACAUGAAGAGCCUAAAACCAUAACUGAAGAAUUUGAACAGGGCACAUACAUCUUUUUUGAUCAUGAAAAAUGGGGCCAACGGAAGAAGGAAGGGUUCACAUUUGAAUACAGAUAUCUGGAAGAUCGAGACUUAAGCUGAAGUCCUGUGGCAGAGACUGGUUGUAUCUUGUGAUCUAAUCACUAGGUUUUGACUGAACACCAGAUACACAGGAGUUAUGGUGAAGCAGCUACGCAAAUCGACCAGGUUUUGGUUGGUGGGACAGGGAUAUCCUACUUACAGAGAUCAGCUGGUCUGGUGAAGCUACGGCCUGGUUUGUUGGUAUGGAUGUCCACCAGGCUUCCUUCACGUUACAUACAAGUCAACGAGCCGUGCAAAAGUUUUGGGGUGUCGUUUCCCAUCAGUAACUUAAAAAUAAAAGAUUAGUAAUGAGCUAUCUAUCGUUUUAUCAUGGAGUGGAAGAGACGCACCAGAGGAUGAUGUGGAGACAUUACUCUUUGUCAUCAUCCUUAUUUUUGUACAGCAGCUUUCUGGUAUCUCCCCUUCCAUUGACUCUAGUAGGGCCCUGCUGUGCUGUUAUAAAGUUAUAGUAGGGCUCAUUGUAUAUAGUAAAAGAGCAGUGGAAUGGAGGGCUACUAGGAAUGCCAGCUGGCUGAAAAGAAAAAAUGAAAAAAGAAAAACUGACAAUAAACA